GAGGGCGGGACUUCCGGCAGCGCAGGUUGGACAUAAAGUGACAGACUUCACCUCCUUAAAAUUGGAAGAAAAACCGAAGGACGGCGCGUUACAAGUUUAAAAACAAUUGUGAUGAUUUUAAAACAUGGACGACAUAAACCUUCAUUAUCGCUUUUUGAACUGGAGGAGGCGAAUUCGAGAAAUUCGUGAAGUGCGAGCAGUGCGAUACCGGGAGCGACUCAAAAGGAUGCUGAGAGAUGGAGACAUACUCAGGUAUCAUGGGAAUUCAGAUGAAGUUGGCUGUUUUGUGGCAGCCAGGCCGUUGUCGAGAAGAAAUCGCUACUAUGAAGUGACCAUCAUCGAUACAGGUGUGAGAGGAAUGAUUGCUGUUGGUUUGGUGCCUCAGAUGUACAAACUGGACCAUCAGCCGGGCUGGCUCCCAAACUCUGUGGCUUUUCAUGCUGAUGAUGGCAAGCUGUAUAAUGGCAACACUGUGGGUCAGCAGUUCGGUCCAAAAUGCUGUAGAGGUGACAGAAUCGGCUGUGGAAUAUCCCUGGACUCUGAUGACGGACAGUUAACAGUGUUUUUUACCAAGAAUGGCAAAGAAGUCGGCAGUGUGGAGGUCCCAGCAGCUCCGGACGGUCUCUACCCUGCUGUGGGUAUGCACUCUCUGGGGGAAGAAGUGCAGCUGGACCUGAACGCUGAAUGGGGCACAGAGGAGGAUGAUGGGCAGAUGAUAGUGGAUAGUCAUGAAGAGGACUGGGGCCGUCUUCAUGACGUCAGAGUGACUGGCACACUGCUGGAGUACGUGGGUAAAGGGAAGAGCAUCGUGGACGUGGGCUUGGCUCAGGCCCGUCGGCCUCUCAACACACGCUUCCACUACUAUGAACUGGAGAUCACAGAUGCUGGAGAGAAGUGUUAUAUCGCCCUGGGGCUGGCACGCAGGGACUACCCCAAAAACAGACAUCCAGGUUGGAGCAGAGGGUCCAUAGCCUAUCAUGCAGAUGAUGGAAAGCUGUUCCAGGGCAGCGGGGUUGGGGACCCGUUUGGACCACGCUGCUUUGAAGGAGACAUAAUGGGCUGUGGGAUCAUGUUCCCACGUGACUACAGCCUUGAUGGUGGAGAUGACGUAGAUGACUGGGAUCUCGAGGUGUUUCCCAAACCAAGCGAGGUUCAGAAUGACUUGUAUGCAAACAAUGAAGAUGAGGAGGACGAGGUAGAAGAUGUGGAGGGGAAGAAGGUUGCGGUCUUCUUCACCAGAAAUGGACAGGUGGUGGGCCGCAGAGAAGUGGCCUUACCUGUAGGAGGCUUGUAUCCCACGAUUGGCAUGAUGAGCACUGGGGAGAAGGUCAGAGUGGAUCUGCACCCGCUCAGCGGCUGAACUGAGUGUAAGAAAUGCAAUCUGAGCAAUGAAAUCAGAGCACGGACGAAUGAUCGAGCUCUGGAACAUUUUGGAGAUCGGACAAUAAAUAUUACCUCCAAAUCAACGGUGUUACUUGAAAAAGUCACUCCAGUGUAGGAGGGGACUGUGGCGCCCUCAUGCUGUAGGAAUGAUCAAAAUAAUGUAUGUUAUUCAGGAACACUUCCUGCAUGGGGUCAUUCAGGAAAAUCUGUACCGCAUCUCAAGUUAAAUUUGAGGGAAAAUGCGAUUUAGGGUGACAUCCAACUGACAAAAGAGAGUAAACCAAUCACAAAACUCUGCUGCAGCUCUUGGUCUCCUAUAGCGCCUUUGUCUCAUGUGCCUUCUUCAAAUUUGUCCUCAGUAUCCCAUGCUCUUUUAAUGUUCCUUUUAAUGUAUCUAACACGCAAAACUCGCAAAUUUUAUGAAAUUCUCUUGAAUGUAGCUUCAUGUGUGACUCAUGAAAAUAACAAUCUGUGCCUGAAAGGUUAAACCCAGUAAUCCCCUGGGAACUUUAUUUGAAAGAGGCGAGCCUCAAAGAAGUGCUUUAUGAUGAAAUGCGUAUACAGAAAACAAGUAGUCUGUGAGGGUGAAAUACUAUUAGUGUUCCAUCACACAAAGUAAAGUUAAUACAGUAAGAUCAAAUGCCAGAAAGGAUCUCACCAGAAUAACAAAUCAAUCAGAGCAGACCACAUCUACCAAGACAACCCUCUUAUCAGCUAUAAUCUACGUCAGCAGAUAUGUAGCGUCACUCCCACAGCCUGCAGCCACACUGAGCUCAUUGAUGGUGUGUUGCUGACACUCAGUGGUGAGAGUGAUGGUGUUCGGAAAGUCUUCCACAAAACAGUAAAUCAGUGAGUUCCCUCAAACAGUAAAACCAGCUGCUUUGUGUCUGUGGUUCUGACAUGAAGUGCAAGCCACACGCAUUAGGAAUUACGUGAUAAUUAAAUGUAAUAAUAACAGUUUUCCCACCUAAUUGUAGACAACAUUGUCAUAAAAUACAGUCAUAAUCAGUGCAAACUCUUUAAGGAUGAAUAUUUGUGACAGUAAAACCAAUCACGUCAGAUGGAAAACUCCCAACAGAUUACUAAGAAAAAAGUUUGGGUUCUCCAGUAGUGAGAUAUUUGGUGUCCAGGUGUAACCAUACACAUAUUGGAGCCUGUAUUUUACAGUCAAACAAUUAAACCAAGAACAUUUUAAUUAAAUACUUAUCUCUAAGCUAAUGACAAACCUGAGCUUCACAGAAAAAACAACAACUAAUUUUUAGUCAUAUAUUUGGUGUAUUUCCUGUGGAUCAUGAGGUAUUUGGGAUGAAAUGGAUCAUAAAUGUCUCAAAAAGGGAAAAUUCUGAAGAGCAAUUCUUUUUAUUGUCAAACCAUGUCAGGAAAAGAAUAAUUAACGAUGUAACAUGGUAUAACAUUUAUAUUCUACUUUUUACUUAAGAUCUGAAUGUUUAAAAUGAAGCCAUACUGUAACUGUUUGCUGCUCUCAGGUAUAUUUGAAAAUCAAAUACCUUGACUUUUCUAUGGUUAUUUUUUAAUGAUUGUGCUGUAUGUUGAAGUCAACCAUUGAUUGCCACAAACCUGUAAUGCAUUUUUAAUGUGGGUCAUUGUUUUCCUUAGGAAUCCAUUUUUUGUGCAAUUGCAGACUGUUAAAGUAGAAUACUUUGGACUGUUAUCCUGUCAGAUCCGUGUGUCAAGUUAAAUUAAGGGGUUGUUUUCUUUUUGUGCUGCCUAACACCAUUUUUUUUAACCAAAACUGUUGUGUAACUGAGUUAAUCAUAAAUAUGGAACAGUACAGUACAACCUCCAGAGUUUUAUCUUUUACCUUACCUUGCCCUUUAUCUGACACAAAUAGAUAUAGGAACUUGAUCUAUGUUUUUACAACCAGACUGCUUUUAAUGGGCCAAGUGCCUGUGUGAAAACAUCCAGAUUGGUUCCUUUAUUAAAUAAUACACCCAUUUGUAGGAUCAUGUGGGAAGUGUUAGAAAUGGGCAUCAACACCUCGUCCCAAAGGUGUUGCGUGUCUGUGGACUCUGCAGGUCACUGAAAAACACCUUACUGUAUCCAUGUUGGAGUCCUUCUCCUGCAGGUAUAUUCAUUGGAAUAAGGAUUAAUUGCAUCCAUGAAGUGCAAAGAUUUGAGAGAUGCUCAUGUGAUGCUCAAGUGCUGCUAACUGUGUGCUGAGGAAACACUCUAACAUCAUCGUAUCAGCCUGUACUGUAGACGGGGUGUACUCUGGUUUGGUUUUGUCAUCGUCCAGUAUUGGUGAGUCAGCAUGUGAGUUCACAGGAGCUGAUAAUGUUCUUCUUCUGCUGCUGCUGCUGGCCCUCUGCCACACGCUUUAAAAUUUAGCUGUACUUUUUUGUCUUUUAUGUCAUUAAUCAUGAGGCUCAACACAAUUACAGCAGCUGUCUCUGUCCUGCCCCUGUGUACAUCCUGUCAUGUACUGUGUUAGUUUCUUUUAUCUUGUUUACUUUGGUCUCUUUUCACUUGAAACAAUCAGAAAAAAAAAUGCCAAAAAUAAUGUUAAGAAAAUAAAGACUAUUUACAUUCACUGCA